GAUUUUCAGCUGUUUACUAGUCCAGCUGAUACGGCCGCCGGCCGUUCAUUAUUGAGAAUGGCAGCAUAGGUGGUAGUUCGUAUGAGUGUGUGAGUGCGUGCGGUCGUGCGUUUUUUUCGCUCCCGGGAGCUGCUACUACCCCCCUCUUCCCUUCUCGUAGGAUAUAUCUAAAGGGACACUUCUAGGAUGACGGACGUUUGCAGUGGUGAUCUGGCGAUCGACUGCUAGCAGUGAAUGUGUUUUGCGUGCGUGUGCGUGGUGUACACAGGGUACCCGUCUUCGCUUUUCUCGGCUUGGACGGCUAGUCGUGCGGUGGCAACGGCGGCACGGGAACUUCGCCUCGAACACAAAGGCCUGUGUGGAUGCCCAUGAUUCUGCCCUGCCGCAAGAAUAGUCCGCUGCACGAUACGAGUCAUACCAUGGGUCAAAUGGGAAUCAGAAACACUCAAGUUCUGUUCAUCGACGCCCUCUGCCAAAGCAGUCACCUGGAUCUGCUCAUGGGAUACCAUGCUUCGUACCAGGGUCCAUUUCUCAAGACUCAGAACUUCAUUCUCAAGAACGAUGGACCCCUCCCUUAUGACCAAAGACACUAUAUCGCCAUUAUGGCAGCUGCGAGGCACAACUGCAGCUACCUGGUGAAUAAGCAGCGUGAGGCGUUCCUCUCCCCGGACGUUGCGGGUGACAAGUCGUGGCUCCAGGGCCUGCACUGCAUUCCAAAGAAGCUCAGGGACCUGGACGAGAUCAACAAAAUCCUCGCUCACAGGCCCUGGCUCAUUUCCAAGGACCACAUAGAGAAGCUAACCAAAGGGAAGAACAACUGGUCCUUGUCGGAGGUGGUGCAGGCCAUUGUGAUCCUUGCCCACUUCCAUGCACUGUCCAGCUUCGUCUUUGGCUGUGGCAUCAAUGCUGACAUGGAGGACGACGUCGGCAGUGCAGUGUACAGUGCCAAUGGAGAUGGGAGCACAGUGCCAAGCCUGAAGAACGGCCAGACAACGGUGGAGACCCUUAUGCAAAAGAUGAAAAGCAUCUCGGAGCAGCGGUCAGAUGAGCCGACGCUGGAGGAGAGGGCGCGCUGCUUCCAGACGGAGUGCAACGGGGGCGAGCUCUCGGCCGCCCGCAGGAGCGUGCCCAGGAGCGACCUUUCCCACUUUGUCACGGACGCUGAGUUCGGGUACCAGGACUUUGCAAGGCGGGAAGUGUCGGAGAUCCCCACAUUCAGGGUGCAGGACUACUCUUGGGAAGACCACGGCUACUCCCUGGUCAACAGGCUCUACAACGAUGUGGGCGAGCUGCUCAACGAGAAGUUCAAGGUCGCCUACAACCUGACCUAUUACACCAUGGGCAGCCAGACGAACGUGGACACGUCCAUGUUCCGUCGGGCUGUGUGGAACUACAUCCAGUGCAUCUACGGCAUCAGGCACGACGACUACGACUACCGGGAGGUCAACGAGCUCCUGGACAGGGACCUCAAGGAGUACAUCAAGGCCGUCUGCUGCUACCCAGACCGCAUGACCAAGGAGGACUACGACAACGUCAUGAGGGAGUUCAAGUACUCCGAAAAGGUGCACGUCACAAUCAUGAUCUUGGAAGCACGGAUGCAAGCGGAACUGCUCUAUGCACUGCGGGCGCUGAUGCGGUACAUGACGUGACUCCCCGAAGACGUUGGUGUUUUCUCCGCUGGACUCUCACCUCUCUCUUGAGGAACGACACUCUUCUCUCCACGGUGGCAGGAUUCCCCCGAGGGAGCAAGACGCUCGCAUCUGACAGUCCGUCUUUCUUUGUCUCCUUCUCCUGCUGGCGGCCUGGCAACAUUGUGUGUGUGUUUUCGCGUUUUUUUUUUUUGUUCUUUCCCAAGGACUUGCAUGCACCUUCAUAUUUUUCCUUACUUUUUUUUUUUUUGUAUCAUUUUCUUCAACGACCAGCGGACGUCGUCAUCUCCAGUGUCGGAUGGGUCGGCCGAUCGCUUGCGUGCACCAUUUUCUAAUUUAUUAGCUUACGAGGCAAUGGGGGUGGGGUGUCGGGGAAGGAGAGGGGGGGGGGGGGGAAACUGGGAUUUUGUGUGGGACUACCAAGCAAAACGAUGGUAAAUACUCUUUCUUUUUCGUGUUUUUUUUUGUUUUGUUUUACUUGUCUGUAUAUUGAUUACAGUGCUGUUUGCCCCAUUUUAUUAGGUAUGUAGUGUGUUUUCAUUUUUUUUCUUUUUCAUUUUAGUAUUUCCGUUUUCUUACUUAGAAGUUGCAUAUGUAAGAAAUCUUUCCCAGCGUUCCAACAUUUUUUUUUUUAAUUCUUUGAAUUUCAUGGGCCGAUCAUUGUUUUUCUUUUUUUUGUUGCCCCCUUUUUUGUCACUUUUUAAUUUUUUUCGAGUUUCGCUAAUGGCAUCUUAAAACAUUUAAGCGUGGAUCAGCCGUCCUUGUCAGAAAGGCACGAGAGCUACAUAUAUAUCUUCAAAUAUUUUUUAAGAAAGCACAGUGCUGUACUGUUCGUCGUUUCCGUGGAAAUGGCGAAUAAGCCAAAUUCGCGUACCUUAUUGGAAGAACGAAGAUGGUGCCUCCCGAUCCCCCUAACGAGAGUUUCGGUGAAGUGCACCGGUGUUAAGAACAAUGGCAGCGGAAUUCGGAUCGAGGUGGAGUUCUGACGCAGGGUUUGUCGUUUCGAAAGCAGUCUUGCACAAAAAGUAAAUUCCUCUAAUUUUAGUACUAAAAGUGCCACUUGCCGGAAAGAGUGCCUCUCCCAAAGCUGCACAACAGCAAGAUUGGCGCUCCAGAGACGCGCAGUGGCGACGUAUGUUCGCCGAUGGAUUGGGGAACUGCUGGUUCUCCGUUUUUCGGUAGCUACUUCAUCCUCUCGUCCCUUGUGGCAGCCUUGCUCUAGCCGAGCAAACUCACACUUUUGGCACAUUUCCCUGGCAGCAGAACUCUUCCGGCCCGAACAUUCCGUCAUCUGUCAAGUGCUGCGUUACCUCUGUUGUGCUUGUUGUGGAAGCGCAGGAAGCACUGGUUACUUUUCAAGGUAGUUGGGAGGAAGACUCUUCACUGUCUUCUUUUUUCUUUAUAGCCCCUAGCGAUUGUUUGUCGAAAGUUUUGGUUGGGUAAUGUUGCCGAUUCCCGCACUUGUGACACUUUUCCUCUGGCAAAAAGGACAUUGUUCUAUGGGGCGUCUAAAGGAAAAAAACGACAGCAAACUACUUAGCAGACUUGUAUUUCUCUGUGUCUUCCUGUGUAACCGAUCGGUGUCUGGCUGCCUGAGCCUGCGGAAAAUUCCCCCGCCGUAACCUGUAUGCAAUUCUUGCUGUGGAGUGAACCCAGUAUCUUAGAGGCUGGCAGUGUCGGUAGAAUUAUCUGAUGCGGUGUUCGCUGUAGUAAAUCUGUUUAGAAAUCACCGGGUAGGCAGCAUUUCGGCCCAUAACCUUACACCGCUCGUUAGAGACUGAUUCGAAACAAUUUGUUCAUAAUCCCUCCGAAAACGUUGUAGCUGAACCUUACUGUUUUUUUCUUUCUUUCGCCCAUUGGCUUUUAAAUUCUUUCUUUUACGGUCGCUUCUGUCGCUAGAUGCUUGACUAGUGUUCACUUCUGCCCACUAAUUUCCAAAUUCUGAGUUUGGCUAGGAAGACCUGUAUGCAACAGAAACCUUGCCAAGUGGUUGCUCCAAAUGCCUUCCCACCUGGAAGUGCAUAGAGAUUGGUAGCAUAUGUAUACGGACAAUGGGAUCGACACACAACCUUCUGCAUUCCCCCUUUCUGCGUCGUUUUAUAGAACUGUAUGCAGGCUCAGUAUUUGCAAGUGUGCUCGGUUCUUUUCCCCUUUUUUUUAUGUUAUUCUUGGAAACUAUUGAAACUAUUGUGCUGAUGCUGUGAUAAGAUUGCAAAAUACUUCCUCCCACCUCGCACGAAAGGUAUAUGAAUGCAGAUAUCACUACAGUUCUUAAUUUAACCAGCUUUUAUUUGUCUAGUCCCGACUGUGAUCUCCACUUUUUGACGACCGCUGCUGCGCGUGCGGGCUUCUUAUCAAGAGGCAAAGAGCUGUCUGAAAGUUUGUAUAUUUUGUUAGCAAUUAAAUGGCCGCCCUCUGCGCCAUCUCAGAGAUCUGGAUUCUUUUUUUUUUUUUUUUUUUUUUCUUGUGCGGAUCGAUGAACACGGUUUUAUAGGUGACAAUAAAUUACGUUUACAAACCUG